AUGAAGUUCUUCAUUGAUGACCUUCCGGUGCUGUUCCCGUACCCUCGAAUUUACCCCGAACAGUAUGCAUACAUGUGCGAUCUCAAGAAGACCCUCGAUGCCGGGGGUCACUGCGUACUGGAGAUGCCUUCAGGAACCGGCAAGACCGUAUCGCUUCUCUCAUUGAUUGUCGCAUACCAGCAGCAUUAUCCGGAACACCGAAAGCUCAUUUACUGCUCGCGAACCAUGUCCGAGAUCGAGAAAGCGCUGGCGGAGUUGAAAGAGCUCAUGAAGCAUCGGUCGCAGGAAUUGGGAUAUGAGGAGGAGUUCCGCGCGCUAGGAUUGACCAGUCGAAAAAAUCUGUGUCUGCAUCCUUCUGUGAAGCGGGAAAAGAGCGGUACCGUGGUCGACGCGAGGUGCAGGAGUUUGACAGCAGGCUUCGUCAAAGAAAAGAAGGAGCGCGGUGAAGAUGUGGAUCUUUGCAUCUACCAUGAAAAUCUUGAUCUGCUCGAGCCGCACAAUCUAGUACCUCCGGGCGUCUUUACCCUCGAUGAUUUGUUGAAGUAUGGAGAGGAACACAAGCAAUGUCCUUACUUUUCUGCGCGUCGAAUGAUGCCUUGGUGCAACAUUAUCAUUUACUCCUACCACUACCUCCUCGAUCCAAAAAUCGCCGAACGAGUUUCACGAGAACUUUCCAAAGACUGCAUCGUCGUUUUUGACGAAGCACACAAUAUCGACAACGUCUGCAUCGAGUCGCUCAGCAUCGACCUGAGCGAAGAUUCUCUCCGCAAGGCCACCCGUGGGGCAAACAAUCUUGAGCGCAAGAUCGACGAAAUGAAGAGCUCGGAUGCAGAAAAGCUCCAGAGCGAAUACUCUAAACUCGUGGAGGGGUUGCAGCAAGCAGAGCAGGCUCGGGAGGAAGAUCAGUUCAUCUCGAAUCCCGUGUUGCCGGACGAUUUGCUGAAGGAAGCAGUCCCGGGAAACAUCCGCCGGGCUGAGCACUUCAUCAGUUUCUUGAAGAGAUUCAUCGAGUAUCUCAAGACUCGAAUGAAAGUGACUCAUACUAUUUCGGAGACACCCCCUUCUUUCCUAACUCACUUGAAAGAUCUCACCUACAUUGAACGCAAACCGUUGAGGUUCUGCGCGGAGCGCUUGACCUCGCUCGUACGAACCCUGGAACUGAUCAAUAUUGAAGACUACCAGCCGCUUCAAGAAGUCGCCACAUUUGCAACUCUGGUUGCGACAUAUGACAAAGGAUUCGUUCUCAUUCUCGAGCCAUUCGAGUCCGAAGCAGCCACGGUUCCAAACCCCAUUCUCCAUUUUACUUGCUUAGAUGCCGCAAUUGCGAUCAAGCCCGUUUUCGAUCGCUUCAGCUCUGUCAUCAUCACAUCUGGAACGUUGUCUCCACUGGAGAUGUAUCCUAAAAUGCUGGGAUUCAAUGCUGUCAUGCAGGAAUCCUAUAGCAUGACCCUAGCAAGACGGUCUUUCCUACCUAUGAUUGUCACGCGAGGCUCCGAUCAGGCCCAAGUUUCGUCAUCAUUCGGCAUCCGCAAUGACCCGGGUGUGGUGCGAAACUACGGUACUCUUGUCACGGAGUUCGCUCGUGUAACUCCCGACGGUGUUGUCGUUUUCUUUCCUUCCUAUCUCUACAUGGAGUCCAUCAUCAGUAUGUGGCAGGGAAUGGGUAUUUUGGACCAGAUCUGGAACUACAAACUCAUUAUGGUCGAAACACCCGAUGCCCAAGAAUCCUCUCUCGCGUUGGAAACGUACAGAACAGCCUGUUGCAAUGGCCGUGGAGCAAUCCUGUUUUGUGUCGCGCGUGGAAAGGUAUCUGAAGGUAUUGAUUUUGACCACCACUAUGGCCGUGCAGUGCUGUGCAUCGGUGUACCGUUCCAAUACACCGAAUCUCGCAUUCUGAAAGCCCGUCUUGAAUUCUUGCGCGAGAAUUACCGCAUCCGGGAGAACGAUUUCCUCUCCUUCGACGCCAUGCGGCACGCGGCACAGUGUCUAGGUCGUGUGUUGCGUGGUAAGGAUGACUACGGAGUCAUGGUGCUGGCCGAUCGCCGAUUCGAGCGGAAACGUCCCCAGCUUCCCAAGUGGAUCAACCAGGCUAUGCUGGAUAGUGAAACGAACCUCAGUACCGAUAUGGCAGUGUCGAAUGCCAAGAACUUCUUGCGCACCAUGGCACAGCCUUUCAAGGCCAAGGACCAGGAAGGAAUUUCAACCUGGAGCUUGGCGGAUAUAGAACGCCAUGAGGCAAAGCGGAAGGAGGAAGAAAACCGCGCCAUGCAUGAGAACCUCACGAAUGGUUAUUCUAAGAUGGAUGGUCUCAUGACAUCCACUGUGGAGGUCGUCGACAAUGAUUUCGACGACGAUAUCGAACAAGACAUGAUGAUGCUCGAUGCGCAGUAG